CAUUUUUUUCUUUUCUUUAUUAAUAUUUAUUUUUGACAUGAACGUCACCAUUAUAUUCAACAACGCUUUAUCAAUAUACCCAAAAACAUUUGUGAUCAAAAAUCAUCCUACAAUCAGAUAUUUAUCCAAUACUUGGUAGUCUACUGGGUGUUGAUACAACAACGGCUAUAAGUAGUGAUCAGAAUACAAACGAUUUGUAUUCCUUUCUGAAUAAUAAUAGCAGCAAUGUUUCGGGCAUAUUAGAACGUGAAAAUUUUAUGCAAUGUAGACAUUGCAAUCGAUUUUAUAAAUCCCAUCAAAAAUUACAGGAACAUGUGCGAAAAUAUUGUCUCAAGCAAAAAAAAUAUAAAUGCGUCUCUUGUGAAUAUCGUUCCCGACGUAAAGAUCACGUGCUACGUCAUGCCAAGCGCAAACAUUGCGAACUAUAUGCUAAUUCUAAAGAAGAUGAGGAAAGUCUCUAUGAAAUACGCAAUGAGGAUGAAAGCGAUGAACAAAUGCGUUUUGAAACUGAGUCUCUAGGUACUGGAUCGGGAUCAGCAAUAAAUGUACAGAAUCUUAGAGGAGCAAAUUUAAUGUCAACGGAACCAUUCAAUUUUGAUUUUGUUAGCAGAGACUUAACGAUAACGGCUGUGCCAAUAUUACAAGAAUCCGAUGAAGACGAUGAUGAUUAUGAUGAUGAUGGAGAAUAAAAUCACUGUACUACGGAUGGAUAUUGGACAAUAUUAGAAACUGUGCCAUAUUCCAUACAAAAUACUAACACCGCC